AUGGCUUGUUUCUUUAGACGAAGAAUUGCGGCUAAGUUGGGUAAGACGUUGCAGCAGUCUGAUGACGUCUUCAUGCCUGCUUUGUCAGCUGUCCCAGUGUUUAACAAACAAGAGACUGCUGAUUUGAGGCUCUCUAUUAGUGUUUUAAGAACUAAUGGUGUUUUACCAGUGAGUGGAGAAAUCCAGGCACAGACAGAACACUUGGCCAAUCAGCUGAAGCGGGACAGCGUGGUGGAAGACAUUUCAGCAGGAAGUGCUGUCAUCAACUUUAAAAUCGAUCGUAAACUCCUUGCCAAGAAAAUCCUGGAACCGUUUGGAACGGGGCACCAUGGCAAAAUCGAGCUUAAUAGUGAACUUUUUAAUUCCCUUAAGACUGGAACAACGUUAGUUGAGUACAGCUCUCCAAAUAUUGCGAAAAAGUUUCAUGCAGGACACUUAAGAUCUACAAUUAUAGGUAACUUCAUCGCCAACUUGAAGGAGUCUCUUGGGAAUAAAGUUAUUAGAAUGAACUAUCUUGGUGACUGGGGAAUGCAGUUUGGUUUGCUAGGAGCUGGUUUCAGCCAGUUUGGCAGCCAGGAGCAGUUGAAAGAAAAUCCUUUACAGCAUUUGUUUGAGGUGUACGUGAAGGUAAACAAGGAAGCGGAAUGCAAUGAGGACACGAUGCUGGCAGCCAGGGACUUCUUUCGGAAGCUGGAGCAGCAUGACAGUCAGGCUAUGUCACUAUGGCAACAGUUUAGGGACAUCACCGUGUGCGAGUAUCGGCACGUUUACGAGCGCUUAGGGGUCCACUUUGAUGUCUACUCAGGGGAGUCUUUUCACCAGGAAGGGGUCCAGGAGGUGGUAUCUCAGCUGCAGAACAAAGGCCUGUUGAAGACUACUAAGAUGGGGACAAGUGUUGUGGAUCUCUCAGCAGAAGACCAGAGCAACAUCUGUACUAUCCUCCGCAGUGAUGGGACAAGUCUUUAUAUCACCAGGGACAUUGCAGCUGCCAUUGACCGCAGAGAAAAGUAUCAUUUUGAUGAGAUGAUUUAUGUGACAGAUAAAAGUCAAACACAUCACUUCCAGCAGUUGUUCCAGAUCCUGCAAGCAAUGGGACAUUCCUGGGCUGACAGGUGUCAUCAUGUGCCCUUCGGCCUGGUGCGGGGCAUGAAGACUAGGAGUGGCGAGGUGGUCUUCUUAGAGGACAUUCUGAACGAGGCCCGAGCAAGGAUGCUGCACAACAUGAAGCAAUCAAAAAUGACAAAAGAAAUGGACAACGCAGAGGACACAGCACAGAAAGUGGGAAUCAGUGCGUUAAUAGUCCAGGAUUUUAAAGGUCCGCUGCAGGGGGACUAUAAGUUUGCCUGGGACAAGGUGCUGCAGGCUCAGGGAGACACAGGCGUUUUCCUCCAGUACACUCACGCACGCCUCUGCAGUUUAAUACGGAAAAACGACGACAUAGACGCAGCCACAUUCGAUCCGUCCUUUCUAACCGAGCAGUCAGGCAUCUCCAUUCUUCAGCACCUCCUCCGGUACGACGAAGUGUUGUACCAGUCGGCCCAGGAUCUGCAACCUAAACACCUGCUGAACUUCCUGUUGAAAUUGUGCCACCUGACUGCCUCGGCGCACAGAGAGCUGCCUGUUAAAGGGAGUCCACAGCAAGUAGCUCAGGCAAGGAUGAGACUUUUCAGCGGGACCUGCUCAGUUCUGGCCAGUGGGAUGAAAAUUCUUGGCAUUAUCCCUGUUGACAAAAUGUGA